UGUCUGUGUGACUCGUGCUCUUCAGGCUCGCAGCCCAUUCGUCCAUAUCCACUUCUCCCCGCUUCCUCGAUCGAUACGUAGAUCUCUCCUCCCCUGUACUAGCGUACCCGCGUGCAAUGGAGCUGAGGCGUUUGGUACUGGUGUGCUUGGUGGCGGCGGCGGCGUUGAGCUCGUCGGCGAGGUGCGAGCCGCAGGUGCCGUGCUACUUCAUCUUCGGCGACUCGCUGGUGGACAACGGCAACAACAACUACAUCGUGUCGCUGGCGCGCGCCAACUACCCGCCCUACGGCAUCGACUUCGCCGGCGGGCCCUCCGGGAGGUUCACCAACGGCCUCACCACCGUCGAUGUCAUCGCUCAACUUCUGGGCUUCGACAAUUUCAUCCCGCCCUUCGCCGGGACGGGCGGGGAGCAGCUCCUCAACGGCGCCAACUUCGCCUCCGCCGCCGCCGGAAUCCGUGCAGAGACCGGCCAGCAGCUCGGCGGUCGGAUCCCGUUCGCGGGGCAGGUGCAGAACUACCAGACGGCGGUGCAGACGCUGGUGAACGUGCUGGGCGACCAGGACACGGCGUCGGAGCGUCUGAGCCGGUGCAUCUUCAGCGUGGGCAUGGGCAGCAACGACUACCUCAACAACUACUUCAUGCCGGCCUUCUACAACACGGGCAGCCGCUACACCCCGGCGCAGUUCGCCGACGCGCUCAUCGCCGACUACCGCAGGUACCUGCAGGCGCUCUACAACUACGGCGCCCGCAAGGUGGCCCUGAUCGGGGUGGGCCAGGUGGGCUGCGCCCCCAACGAGCUGGCCCGCUACAGCUCCGACGGCGCCACCUGCGUCGCCCAGAUCGACGGCGCCAUCCGGAUCUUCAACGACCGCCUCGUCGGCCUCGUCGACGACAUGAACACCCUCCCCGGCGCACACUUCACCUACAUCAACGCCUACAACAUCUUCAACGACAUCCUCGCCAACGCACCCGCCUACGGUUUCUCGGUGUCGAACGCCGGGUGCUGCGGGGUGGGGAGGAACAACGGGCAGGUGACGUGCCUGCCGUACCAGGCGCCGUGCGCCAACAGGGACGAGCACAUCUUCUGGGACGCCUUCCACCCGUCGGAGGCGGCCAACAUCAUCGUCGGCCGGAGAUCCUACCGCGCACAGUCGCCCAACGACGCCUACCCGGUGGACAUCAGCACGCUCGCGUCCCUCUGAUCUCAUCACCUCUCAUUGGAUUGGAGUGAACCAAUUCAGUCCGGUACAGAGAUGUAUAACUCCCAUUUCCGUUCGCCGAGGGUGUACAUAUGGAAAUGGACUUCAUAUAUUAGUCGCGCAUUAAUUCUCUUCUUUAUACCAGCCUAUAUUAGUCUGCCAUCCUUUUUGCUUGUAACGGUGGAUAAUACUACCUCCGUCCAACAAUAAGAGGCGUAUUAAAUUUUCUUUGACCAAUGCUUUGACCACAAAUUACUCUAUUAAUAUAUAAUUAUAUGACAUCGAUUCAUAUCCAUUAUAUUCCUAUUCAAAAAUAUUUGCUUACGGUUAUGAUUUUGAUCACAUUAGUCAUAUAUUCAUGAAGUAAUUUGUGGUCAAAGGCUUAGUCAACCGAACUAUAAUAUGUCCCUUAUUGUUGGACGGAGGAGUAAUUAAUUUUCAUCA